CUCUUCCUACCGUAUUCAUCAAAAGUGUAGUAUGUUUGAGAAAGACCAAGAACCAUCUCUCUCUCAUGUCAUGCUUUCGUAUGUGUCAUCACCACCUCCCAGAACCUCUUGGAGACUUCUCCAACUGUCCUAACCAAAGCAUCCAAGACACCCACUGCCCUCUUUAAAUUCUCUUGCUAAUCUCUUUCUCCAUCAACACCAGAGGGAAAAAAAGAAACAAACAACAGGCCUGCAGAUAUCUUUUUUACAAUUCUCACCAAGACUCCUAACUCUUAGGAAUUAAGCACAAAGCUCACCAAAAUGGCUUUGGCUCGUUUGGCUUUGAAGAAUUUGCAACAAAGAGUGUUGGCUUCCCCUUCUUGUGCUUAUUCUUUGCUGGGUGAAGGUAUUUGUGAGAGAAGUGCUGGUGGGGUGCAAAGGCAGAGGUGGGGAAAUGAGAUUGUUAGGAGGUUUACUACAACAGCUAGUGAUAAGGUAGCUGGUGAGAAGACUUCAGAUGGCAAAGAUGUUGCUGUUUCUGAAGCUAAGAAAAAGUCCAAGUUGUUCCCAAGGAAACAACGCAGGAGGUGGCUUUGGAAAAACGACGACCCUAACUUUGUUCCUGCCCUUUAUGAAUUCUUUCCCUCGGGGCUUGGAAAUGCACUCAUGCAAGCAACCGAUAACAUAAACAAACUGUUUGAGAACCUAAACAUAACACCUUGGAGCCUCAGUCGUCUCAUAAAAGUGAAGGACGAUUACUACAAGUUGCAGUAUGAGGUGCCCGGGCUUGCCAAAGAAGACUUGAAGAUCACUGUUGAUGAUGGGGUUCUGAGAAUAAAGGGAGAGCACAAAGAAGAGAAGGAAGAAGACUCAGACGAUGAGUAUUGGUCAUCUAGGAGCUAUGGCUACUAUAAUACUAGUGUAUUCCUACCCGAGGAUGCCAAAGUUGAUGAGAUUAAGGCAGAGUUGAAAGAUGGGGUGCUUUCUAUUACUAUUCCGAGAGCUGAGAUGCCAAAGAAGGAAGUGAAGGAAAUAAAUGUACAUUGAUGGCCAGGAGGGCUAAGUUUGAGCCUUUGUUGUGUAUUUGUGAAUGUGGACUAAAAAGGGUGCGUGCCUUGUGAACAAUCUUGUGUGUUUUUGUUCAUGACAAUAAGAUCUUUGUGACUUUUCAAACUGCACUACUACUGUUUUCUUGAUGUGCUUGUUGAAUUGUAAAAUGGUAGUAUGAUAAUUGGAGGGUUUGAACUUUAUGACUGAAUGCAAGUUUUGUGCUCCUUACCCAA